AUGGAGAGCUUCAAAGCUCCAUUCAGGGGAAUUGCAAAAGAUGUCAAAGGAAGAGCAUUGUGCUAUAAACAAGAUUGGACUUCAGGUUUUCGUUCAGGAAUCGGGAUUUUGGCCCCAACUGCCUACAUCUUCUUUGCUUCAGCUCUUCCUGUUAUAGCUUUUGGCGAGCAACUGAGCAGAGAUACAGAUGGAAGCUUGAGCACAGUGGAAACCCUGGCCUCUACUGCUAUUUGUGGUAUAAUACACUCAAUUCUAGGUGGGCAACCUCUCUUGAUUUUAGGAGUUGCAGAACCCACUGUCAUCAUGUAUACCUACUUGUACAACUUUGCAAAAGGAAGGAAAGAUUUGGGACGCGAGUUGUAUUUGGCUUGGGUUGGAUGGGUUUGCGUCUGGACAGCUCUUUUUCUAGUUCUUCUUGCAAUAUUCAAUGCUUGUGAUAUAAUCAACAAGUUCACGAGGAUUGCAGGCGAACUUUUUGGCAUGUUGAUUUCUGUCUUGUUUAUUCAAGAGGCUAUCAAGGGUAUAGUGAGUGAGUUCAAAAUUCCCAAAGGUGAAGAUUCAAAGAAAGAGACACAUCAAUUUCCGUGGCUUUACACAAAUGGACUGCUGGGGGUCAUAUUUACUUUUGGCCUCCUAUAUACUGCUCUGAAGAGCAGAAAAGCAAGGUCAUGGUGGUAUGCAACAGGGAGGUUCAGAAGUUUCAUUGCAGAUUAUGGUGUUCCUUUAAUGGUGCUACUGUGGACUGCGCUGUCAUUCAGUGUACCACGCAAUGUUCCCUCAGAUAUUCCCAGAAGGCUCUACAGCCCUCUGGCUUGGGAGUCUGCAUCUUUACACCAUUGGACUGUCAUGAAGGAUAUGGGGAAGGUUCCUCCUGCAUACGUCUUUGCUGCUAUUAUACCUGCUGUGAUGGUAGCGGGACUUUACUUUUUUGACCAUAGUGUCGCUUCGCAGCUGGCACAACAACAGGAAUUCAAUCUAAAGAAGCCUUCUGCAUACCAUUAUGAUAUGUUGUUGCUGGGACUUAUGACACUGCUUUGUGGAUUGAUUGGGCUUCCUCCUUCUAACGGGGUCCUGCCACAGUCACCGAUGCACACUAAGAGCCUUGCUGUUCUCAAGAGGCAGUUGAUUCGAAAGAAAAUGGUGAAGAGUGCUAAGGAAAGUAUAAAGCAGAAAGCUAGCAACUCUGAAAUCUAUGGAAAAUUGCAAGCUGUGUUCAUAGAGAUGGACAACUCGACUACACCUACAUCACAAGUUAAAGAGCUGGAAGAUUUGAAGGAGGCAGUUAUGAAAAGUGAAAAUAAAGGGGAUAAUGCAAAGGAUGCAUUUGAUCCUGAGAAGCACAUUGAUGAUUACCUGCCUGUCCGAGUUAAAGAGCAGAGAGUGAGCAAUCUGUUACAGUCGCUUCUUGUGGCAGCAUCAGUUUUUGCUAUGCCAGCCAUCAAGAAGAUACCAAAAUCAGUUCUGUGGGGAUACUUUGCUUACAUGGCCAUUGACAGUCUUCCAGGGAACCAAUUCUGGGAAAGGCUGUUACUUCUCUUCAUCACCCCUAGCCGGCGGUACAAGGUCUUGGAAGGUGGUCAUGCUUCCUUUGUGGAGUCGGUGCCAUUCAAAUACAUAGCCAUAUUUACACUCUUCCAGCUUGUAUACUUCUUGGUCUGUUUCGGGGUGACAUGGAUCCCUGUAGCCGGCAUUUUGUUCCCCUUGCCAUUCUUCCUUCUCAUAAUAAUAAGACAGCAUCUCCUCCCCAGAUUCUUUCAACCACAUCACUUGCAGGAAAUGGACUCAGCUGAAUGGGAGGAAGUCGCUGGUGCUCCAAAACGUUCUCUCAGUCUUCCCAGGGAGUUAGAAACUUCUAACGAAGAUGAUGGAAUGGAGAUGUGUGAUGCUGAGAUAUUAGACGAGUUAACAACCAGCAGAGGGGAGCUGAAGAUCAAAGCCAGCUUCAGUGAAGAGAGACGUGGUCAGAUUUACCCUGAAAUAAUUGGCCAAAAAGAGUGA